AUGGAGGGCACCGCAAAUUUGGUGGUGUAUCGCAACGGUGAGAUAAUACGUAAUACUCAUGAGGGAGUGAAGUUUGUGUCCCAAAAUCCGUUUUUGUUUGUGGUUCCAUGCACGAUGACGUUAAUGGAGCUACAGAACGGCCUCUGUCAAAGCAUGGAGAAUGGUACGAAUAUGAGAGUAAGCAGAAUUCUGUACCGGAAUCCGGUUGUGGUUUUUGGUGGUCUAAUACAGUUUGAUGCCAUGCCGAUCACUGAUGAAGCGAAGGCAGUGGCGGUUCAGAAUGAUAUAGAUAUACAUGAUGAUAGAGCUGCAGUGUAUCAAGGAAUGAAUAGUGACAGCGAAGAUGACUUCGAAGCCACUUAUGAGGCCGGCGACGAAGAUGAGGAUGGUAAUGUGGGAGUUGAGGCAGCAGCAGAGAAUGUAGUGGUGGGUCCGUCGAGCAGUCAACCGAUGGACGUUCCACCGUUUAUGCGUGAGUUGGAUCUCGGGGCCAUGCAUGCCCCCGAGUUUCCGGAAUAUACAAACAUAGGCGUUGCCGAUGCUGAGGACGGGGAGUUCCGAAUUGGAAUGGAAUACAGUUCUAGAAAGUCGGUCGUCGCAGCAAUUAGAACUUUCACUAUUGCUAAAGGAGUUGACUAUGAGGUGUAUGAGUCUGAGCCACAGACGUUCUAUGCAAAAUGCAAGAUGUACGGGCAUGGAUGUGACUGGCUUAUCCGAGCUAGCUUGAUACGAAAAAAAGGUUGUUGGGAGAUACGAAGAUACAACGGUAGGCACACGUGCACGAUCGGAACGAUUUCACAAGAUCAUUCCAAACUGGACUCAGAUACAGUUGCUGAUGCUAUAAGGCCAUUGGUCGAGACGGACCCGUCCAUCAAGGUGAAAUCUAUAAUUGCGGAAGUCCAGUCAAGGUUCAACUAUACCAUUAGUUACCGAAAGGCUUGGUUGGCAAAGCAGAAGUCCAUAGCCAAUGUUUUCGGUGGUUGGGAAGAUUCUUACCAAGCCUUGCCAUGGUGGCUCUCAGUCAUGGUGCAGAAGAUGCUUGGUUCAGUUGUCCAAAUAGAAACACGACCACUGUACAACGGGAAUGAGGAGGCACAAGGUGUAAAAAUACUUCAUCGUGUAUUUUGGAGUUUCAAUCCAUGCAUUAGGGCAUUCAGGCAUUGCAAGCCCCUGGUUCAGGUUGACGGCACACACCUAUACGGAAAAUACAAAGGUACACUUCUAGUUGCUGUUGCACAAGAUGGGAACCAGAACAUUGUACCUAUCGCCUUUGCCUUAGUGGAAGGGGAGACAGCUGAUGCGUCGCACUUCUUUCUCAGGAAUCUGCGAAUGUAUCUUGUUAGAAAAGAGGGCGUGGGUAUGAUCUCAGACCGACAUGAGUCAAUACGGGCAGCAGUAAAUCGUUCCUGUGGCGACUGGCAACCUCCAAGAGCAUGGUGGAUGUUUUGUAUAAGACACAUCGGCAGUAACUUCUUAAGGGCAUUCAAAGUCCCUCACUUGCAAAAGCUUGUUGUCAACAUAGGGUAUUCAAGAACGGUGGAGGAGUACAAUAUCAACUAUAAGAGGUUGGAAGAGCGAGGCGAGGCAUAUGCCAGGUGGUGCGAUGCCAUUGGACUCAGACAUUGGGUAUUGGCAUUUGACGAGGGACAUCGAUGGGGCCAUAUGACAACGAACCUUGUCGAGUGCAUUAACUCAGUGUUGAAGGGUGUUCGUAAUCUACCUGUGUUGGCGCUGGUCCGAGCAACAUAUUAUAGGUUAAACGAACUUUUUCCACGUCGCAGGCACCACGCCCCCGGUGUGUUGCCACGUCUCUCCACCUGCUCAGCCACAACCCUACCCCCCCCCCCCCCGUGUUGA